AUGCACAUGCAAAAUUGGCACAAUCCUGAGCCAUGGGUGUUUUUGAAGGGGCUAAUUACUUACUCGAAUGGUGUUUUGAACGAUUAUAAUGAGGUUACUGAUGGUGGACAAGUAAGAGAACCGCAAGUUUGGAUAGAUCAGCAAAGGAAUUUAGAUAGAUCAUUGAGGCUGUUUAUAGAAGGACGCUACUCAAUGUCAGAAUUUUUAAUAUGUGCUAGGCAUUCAACACCAACUUUUGGUGUAAUACAGCCUCAACACCAAGCUAUUGUAAUACUUCCUGCAGCUGUCUUUCCACAAGCUCCACUAGCUUUAUUACUACUCCCCAUUGAUCAGCAUCAGGAAAUGCAACUUCCAGCUAUUCCUGUGCUCCCUGCUACUGCUUUACCACAGGCACCACUACAAGAAGCACCAGCUUUAUUACCACUGCAAGUUGAUCAGCAUCAGGAACUGAUUUUCGAUGAAAUAAUGAGAAGGAUUUUACCACGUAGACCAGCAGUGCCCGUUCCUCGAGAUCUUUUUUAUAAUCUCGAUGCUGAGGCCGUUUAUUCAGAUGAAGAUGUGUCUAAUGAACAGUCUGUGAUACCAUCAGUUAUUCACAUUGAACGUGUAGAUUUGAGAAUUGUACCCAUAGUAGAGGAAACAUGUUACAUAUGUUUGUACAGUCCACCAACAGUAGUAUCGUAUCCAUGCUUACACCAAGGUCUAUGUGGAGCUUGUCAUGAUAGCUAUUCAAGAAUGCAUCCGAAUGAGCACGGGCCAUAUUAUCGCUGUCCACUUUGUAGAGUUGGAAUAGAAAUCUACUAUAUAUUAACAUGA